UAAGUCAAAAGAGAAAGUGAAACUGUUUCAAACUCAAACGUCAUUUAGAAGACGGAGGACAAAGAGGAUGCAGCAAAAAUGAAUUAAAUUGGAUAAAAGAACUGACUUGGCUGGUUUGGGAUUGAACCCACAUGGUCUAAACUGGUCAGAUGUGUUCCAGUCUCCUGAGAUAGGGGGCGAUGUUUAUAAAAUGAGUCUUUCAGAGGAGCCAGACACCAAAGGAGGAACCCUCAGCACUGAGAGGAAGAGGGUCCAGGUAGAAAGAGCAGGGUCACCUGUACCCAGCUGUCUGUCUAUGAAGAGUGAUCGUUCAAUGGAUCAUCCAUUCAAAUUCAGAGGAGAGGUCACAGGUGAUCAAAGGGUCCAGGUAGAAAGAGCAGGGUCACCUGUACCCAGCUGUCUGUCUAUGAAGAGUGAUCGUUCAAUGGAUCAUCCAUUCAAAUUCAGAGGAGAGGUCACAGGUGAUCAAAGGGUCCAGGUAGAAAGAGCAGGGUCACCUGUACCCAGCUGUCUGUCUAUGAAGAGUGAUCGUUCAAUGGAUCAUCCAUUCAAAUUCAGAGGAGAGGUCACAGGUGAUCAAAGGAUAUUGCAGUCUCUCCAGCCCUGCUCUUUAGAAGAGACGAGUUCAGAGAAAUUAUCUUUUACAAGACAGUCUCUCCUGCGCACUUUAAUGAAGCUGAAGAAGGAUGAUAAGUUGAAACAGUUUCAGAACCAUUUGAGUCAGGAUUGUCCAGAAUGCUUAAAGAGUCUGCCUGAAGAUCCUUCUGUACUGGUUAAGUUUAUGAAGAUGAAGGAAUUGUUCAAAAGUCAUCGAAUUGAAGGUUACCCAGAAUGCAUUGAGAGCAAGCAGAAGGAUCCUGAGGCCCGGUACAUAGUUGAGAAGUUGCUGGAGACCUGUGGCAGUGAGAGGUCUCUGAAGAUCACACUCCACAUCCUGAGGAACAUGAAGCAGAAGGAUCUCACUGACUCACUGGAGAGAGAUGAGCAGCGCAAUGAAUCCAUAAAAAUAGCCCAGAAGGCACUUAAAGCUUGUCUAAAGAGGAAGUUUGAAUGCAUAUUUGAAGGUUUAGCAAAGCAGAGCAACCCAACCCUCCUCAAUGAGAUCUAUACAGAGCUCUACAUCACAGAGGGGGGAAGUGGGGGGGUCAAUAAUGAACACGAGGUCAGACAGAUUGAGACAGCAUCCAAGAGACAAAACACACAGGAGACUGCAAUCCUCUGCAAUGACAUCUUUAAGCCUUUACCUGGACAAAAGAAACCCAUCAGAACUGUGCUUACAAAGGGCAUCGCUGGCAUUGGGAAAACUGUCUCUGUGCAGAAGUUCAUUCUGGACUGGGCAGAAGGAAAAGCCAAUCAGGACGUUGAUUUCAUCUUCACUCUUCCUUUCCGAGAUCUGAAUUUGAAGAAGGAAAGAGCAUUCAGUCUGAUGCAACUUCUGCAGCACUACUUUUCACAACUGAAAGAGAGCCAAAGUGUUGAAGGUGAUGAGGUCAAAGUGGUGUUUAUCUUUGAUGGUCUGGAUGAGUUUCGACUUCCUCUAGAUUUCCAAGGUAAUGAGAUCUGCUGUGAUAUAACAGAAUCAUCAUCAGUGGAUGUGCUGCUGACCAACCUCAUUAAGGGGAAUUUGCUUCCCUCUGCUCUCCUCUGGAUCACCUCCCGACCAGCAGCAGCCAAUCAGAUCCCUCCUGAGUGUGUCCACCGAGUGACAGAGGUACGCGGGUUCAAUGACCCACAGAAGGAGGGGUACUUCAGGAAGAGAAUCAGAGAUCAGAACCAGGCCAGCAGAAUUAUCUCACACAUAAAGUCAUCCAGGAGUCUCUACAUCAUGUGUCACAUACCUGUCUUCUGCUGGAUUUCUGCUACUGUUCUGGGGACAAUGUUGGGUGAAACAGAGAGUGGAGAUCUGCCCAAAACUCUGACUGAAAUGUACACACACUUCCUGCUCAUUCAGACUGAUGUGAAGAAUCAGAAGUAUCAUGGCACUGAUGAGACAGACUCAAAGAAGAUGUCAGCAUCAGAUACAGAAAUCAUCCUGAAACUUGGGCAGCUGGCUUUUCUACAGCUGGAAAAGGGCAAUCUGAUAUUCUAUGAAGAGGACCUGAGAGAGAGUGGCAUUGAUGUCAGUGAAGCUUCAGUGUACUCUGGGGUGUGCACAGAGAUCUUUAAAGAGGAGUGUGGGUUGUAUCAGGAGAAGGUCUACUGCUUUGUGCAUCUGAGCAUUCAGGAGUAUCUGACUGCCUUGUUUGUGUUUCAUUCAUGUGUAAAUGGGAACAGAAAUGUACUCAGAGCAGAAGAAUCAAAAUCUCACAGUGGCAGAGUGCAGCUGUCUGAGUUACACAGGACUGCAGUGGAUCAGGCCUCAAAGAGUAAGAAUGGACACCUGGACCUUUUCCUCAGAUUCCUUCUUGGCCUCUCUCUGGAGUCCAUUCAGAAGCUCUUAGGGGGACUACUGACACAGACAGGACGCAGAUCACCUGUACCAGACCUACAGACACAGACAGAAAGCAGAUCACAGAGCAUUGAGGAAACAGUCCAGUACAUUAAAGAGAGGAUCAGAGAGGAAUCUUCAGCAGAGAGGACCAUCAAUCUGUUCCACUGUCUCAGUGAACUGAAUGACAACUCCCUAGUGGAGGAAAUCCAGAAUUCCCUGAGAUCAGGAAAACUUUCUGAUAAAAAGCUGGAACCAGACCAGUGUUCAGCUCUGGCCUUUGUGUUACUGAUGUCAGAGGAGAUCCUGGAUGAGUUUGACUCGAAGGACUACAACACAUCAGCAGCAGGUCAUCAGAGACUGGUACCAGUAGUCAGGAACUGCAGGAAGGCCACAGUGAACAACUGUAACAUCACAGAGGAGUCCUGCGAUAUUGUGGCCUCAGCUCUCCAGUCAUCGAACUCACCCCUGAGAGAUCUGGACCUCAGCGACAAUAACCUGGGAGAUUCAGGAGUGAAGCUGCUCUGUGCUGGACUGAUGAGUCCAAACUGUAAACUAGAGAGACUGGACCUCAGCUGCAAUAACCUGGGAGAUUCAGGAGUGAAGCUGCUCUGUGCUGGACUGAUGAGUCCAAACUGUAAACUACAGAAACUGGGGUGAGUAGUGUGUACUGUGUUACCUUAACUGUUGUGGCUGUGUAAGGGUUUGAAUUUUGUCACAGGGAAGAAAACAAAUUUCCUGAUUUCAUUCAUUUUCAAAACCUGUAACCUGAAUGUUUGUGUGAAUACAAUUUAGCAUAUAUGCGUAUUGACUGGGGUGUGCUCAUAUGAAAUUAUCGCUAGACACUGCACCCUGGAGAGAGAGACACUCUACUGCUGCCAUCUAAGUGUUCUCUGACACUUAAACCUCAGUCAGCGUACAAGUGAGCAAUUCAUGACCUCUGUAUUAUUUUAUCCAUCUGGACACCGACUCUAGCAGCUAUCCCAGAUGAGCUGCACAUCCUGCUAGUGAAAUUAACAAAUAUGCCCAGUGAGUAACACAGUAAGGGUGUUGCCCCAAAACUUUAUUAACGAGGCCAAUGCAGUGAUUGGUUCUUACAGAGAUGCACACUUCAGUCAGCGUAUAAGUGAGCCAUGUAGUUUGGUGCAGUGUUAGAGAAAACAGUUUAUGACAAAAUAUGAAAGUUGCCAAUAACCAGGAAUAGACAGCUUUAACAAUGUUAAGAGGCAAUCAUUUGGAUCGAUUUUCCACAAAGAUUAUACAGUUGCAAAAGCAAUAGUUUAAAUGUUUAAU